AUUGCACCACGAGUAGGAAACUCAUGUCUAUUUAUAGAUUACUAUAGGCGUGUAUAUAUAUAUAAACGGCUAUCAGUAUACAACACGCUAUAGACACCAGGUGUACCGACAGGUAUAGACAACAGGUAUACCGACAGAUCUUGAACCGCUAUCUAAACUCAGGUAGAAUCCAAUAUUAUAAUUUCCACGGUAACAAUUAUCAAUAUGUCUGAACAACAAGAAGAGGAAGUGAGGUCAAUAAAAGAAGAGUUUAAAGGGAGAUGUCGAGUUGUUGAGAAAGGAAGUGACGUAUUUAGUAGAAGUGUUACCAUACAGCCAAAAGAUAUGGAUUUAACCAUCAAGUUCCAGUUACCAACUUCAUACCCAAAAGCGGCUCCUAAGAUAUCUAUUCGUGCUGAAUGCAUGGAGGAGGAAGAUGUCCUUGAACUUCAAGAAUUAUUACAAUCCAGGACCAAUGGAUGCUUGAAUAAACCAAUGAUGAAAAGCCUUACAAAUGAAGCCGAAACGUGGUUAAAAGCAAACGGUCUGGGGAAAUCUAAAAAAUCGGCCAAGGGCAACAAACACAAGAAAAAACAAAAAAAGCCGAGGGAGGAUAAAGUAACCAUCGAGAAAUUAGCCUCUAUGAAAACAGCUGAUGACGUAGUUAAACGGAUUCAAUGGGAUUCUGAUUUACCCCAGGAAGAUUUUCUAGUUGGUUAUCUCGAUCGGUUUCUGGGAAUAAAGGAGAAAUAUUUCACAGCCUUUUCGUGGGAGGAUAUCGCUUCCGUGGAUUAUAAUGUUCUAGCUAUACCCAAACAUCGCAUACAAUAUUUCAAAUAUAAGGAUAUCAAAGUGUGGGAUAAACUGGCGAGAUUGGAUAAUGUGUUCGGUUCUGUCGGUAGCGGAACAAAAAUAACAGAUAUCAUCGCAAACUAUGAUCAGGAAUUAGAAAAGUCUAAAGCAGAGAAUGCUACCGAAAUCCCCAGCACGGACAAUAAUGAGCAAGUAGAGGAUGAUGACAAUGAUAGUGAUUCUGAUAGUGACGAUGGCAUAAUAGUAACCAUAGGAACAAACACAACGAAUCCUAUGACGUCACAUCCUGGAUACUGGCAAGAUAAGUUGCGCCCUAAUUACUUCCUGGCUAUUCGUGUAAACGAUUCAGCUGUGCAAGAAGCCACGAGCGAAAUACAAGAUAAUAUUGUAGCAAAUCAGCCUCUGUAUCGAGAAUGUUGCAUUCCGCCUUCUGCUUUACACGUGACAUUAUGUACAUUAGGACUGGACACACAAGAACAAGUAGACUCGGCUUGUAGGGUUUUAAAGUCAAUACGUGACGAGUUAAAGGAUGCGGUGCCUACACAACCCCUUGUUUUAAAUGGGGUUUCCAAUUUCUACAGUCGUGUCGUGUAUGCAAAGAUCGAAUAUCCGAACGGAUUUCUAGAUUUCGUCGAUCAAUUAUCAAUGUGUUUACGACACGAAGGUAUAGAAAUUAGAGACCAACACGAAUUCAUCCCUCAUAUGACGAUCAUGAAGACAUCUCGCCCUGUAUCAAGACGAAUGGGUACGGCUAACAUCGAUAAAAGACUUUAUGAACAAUUUACCGAUAAAUAUCUCGGGGAGGUUGAUAUUUCUGGUAUUUAUUUAUGUUCAAUGGGCGACGAGAGACAAUCAGAUGGUUUUUAUAUCUCACCAGCUAAUAUUCAAUUCUAAUAUCAGUGUCUUCAAUCUGAUUAAAAUACAGAUCUAUAUUUCGUUUCGUUUUUUUUAUACUUUCGAUGGCCUCUACUACAUGAAGAUCUGACAAGUUAUAGCGAUAGGUCACGUCAGGGGUCAAAAGACCUACUUAUGACCAAUGACGUCAGACAUUUGAUUAACCAAUCAGCAUUGAUGUUACUAGUAGAUUACCCACAGUUCCGUGCAUGACACGCCUUAAGCUCGCCGUAACAGAUAGUUUCAUUGGCUUAUCCUUCACUUCAACCAGAACGUCAGUAAUAUAACAACUCUUCCAGAUCCUAGUGUAGUAAAGACAAGUAAAACGAAAUUUUGAACUAUAAAAACGAAACGAAAUAGGAUCAGUGUUUUAACCAGAUUGCAGUGUCUUAUUAUUACAUUUAAUAUAAUACUAGUCUUAUUACCAUCAAUAAAAUCUAUUAUUUAUUUUAA